UGAUAAUAACCAUCAAGAUGGCUCCUUCUCUCCUUCUCUCUCCUCCCUGCGGUAGCUAACCACCGAUUUCAUGGAAGCUCUCCAAACUGCGCUUUCCUUCUCUUUAACUCCCUCCUAGUUGACGGGGCCCGCGCUGAGGAUUGUACUAUAUGGAUUAAAACGGGCUGAGAGGAGCUUAAAGUCGUCGCUCUUCAUUCGGAGGAAGCUAACUAGCACAGCCACUAGCUAGCGCGCACUCGUCGAUCGUCUCCGGUUUUCGGUGUCCAGCCAGCGGCGCUCUCCGCCUCGCGCUCGGCGCUCCCCGCUCCACGCUCCAGCGUGAGAUGGCAGAGCCGAGGAAAGUGCCGUUCGUCACCAUCUCCUCCUUCAGCACGCCGACCCCGGAGUCCAGCAAGAAGCGCCGCCGCGAGGAUGAGGCCGCCGACAUCACUUUUGGGAAAGAUGGUGGAGGUGCGGCGGCGGGGUCAGCAGGAGGAGCAGCAGGAGCAUUAGGAGGAGUUGGUGGUGCAGGUGGAGGAGGAGGAGCGGCGCUGUUCGGCAACGCCAAGGGAGGCGACGCCGAGGAGAAGAAGCCCACGGUCCGCCUCAGCAUCCCGCUGAGCGAGCCCAACGAGCGGGGAUCCUCCGAGUUCAACUACGGCGAGCUGGUCCACUCAACUCUGUCUCAGGUAAAGCCCCCGGGGUCCGUGGUACCCAAAGGACUCGCCCCCCCGCUGGACCCCAGCGACCCGUUUGCAGACGACGACAGAGAGAGGAGGGAGGUGGAGGAGCUGGCCCGAAAGUUUGAGAACAAAUAUGGCGGCGUCUCGAAGAAGAAGAAGAAGGACAGGAUGCAGGAUCUCAUCGACAUCGGCUACGGCUACGAUGAGACCGACCCGUUUAUUGACAAUUCAGAGGCGUACGACGAGCUGGUUCCUGCCUCUCUCACCACCAAACACGGAGGUUUCUACAUCAACACGGGAACGCUGCAGUUCAGAGCCGCGUCCGACUCCGAGGGAGAGAACGCAGGGGCCGACGAUAAUCACUUCAAGAAGACGAAAGAUGGUGAGGAACGGGUCAUUAAGAAGCGACGGAAAAAGCAGGAAGGAGGAAUUCUGGAGGAGAAGAAGCCCAGAAAGAACAAAGUACCAAAGCCUGGAGUCUCGGCUCUGAAUGUUCACCGACCCGAAAAGAAGAAGAGGAAGAAGCUGAUGAAGGACUCGCUGCACUUGGCCAACAUGCUGCGCCGCUUCACCCGCGAGAAGGAGGAGAUGCGCAAGAAGAACAUGGCCGCCGGCGGCCUGCCCAGACCCAACGCCAAAGUGCCGGGCGCCAACAGCGCGCUCAUCAACGCCCACCCCAAGGCCGCCGCCGGCAACGACUGCAACAUGGCGGACCUGGCGGCCGACCCGGCCGUCAUGUCGCUGCUGGGCUCGGCCAACAACGACGUGCUGCAGGACAUGAUGGGCGACCUGGACUUCGGCAUGCUGGACUCGCCGCAGCCCUCCAGCCCGGCGCAGGGCGAGAACGGCUCCUUCGGCGUUGGGGGGAAAGCCGGCGUCGGCGGGGGCCGCGUGCCGCCGGGUACCACCGCCAACCCUCCCCCUCUGCCCGGAGGACUUCCUGGACCGCUGUCCAAACGCAUCGAGGACCUGAGAGCGGCGUCGCGGCUGUUUGACGAAGAGGGCAGGAAGAAAUUCUUCACACUGGACAUGAACAACAUCCUCCUGGACAUCGAGCUGCAGGUUCAGGAGCAGCCGCUGGACGUGCGCUCGGCCGUGUACUCCCACCUGGAGGCCUUCGUGCCCUGCAAUAAAGAAGCUCUGCUCAAACGCCUUAAGAAGCUCAGCCUCAACAUUCAGGACGACCGGCUCCGAACGCCGCUGCUCAAGCUGAAGCUGGCGGUGUGCAGCGUGAUGCCGGAGCAGAUCGCCCGCUACAACAUGGACUGCAUCGCCAAAGUGGCAAAGCAGCAGUCGGAGGAGGGAGAGAAGAACGGCUCGGAGGACGACGACGACGAGAAGCCGGGGAAGAGGGUGAUGGGGCCUCGGAAGAAGUUUGUCUGGGACGACAAGCUCAGGGCUCUGCUGUGUAACCUGGUGCGAGUGAAGCUCGGCUGCUACGAGCUGGAGGGGAAGAACUCUCUGUCUCUGGAAGACUACCUCAAGGCCUUCAUGGAGACCGAGGUCAAGCCGCUGUGGCCCAAAGGCUGGAUGCAGGCCAGGAUGCUGUUUAAGGAGAGCACCAUGGCUCACGGUCAUCUCACCGGCUACACAGCCAAGAAGAAGAUGGUCCCGACUCCCAAGGCCAAGCCCAAGGAGGCGGCGUGGGUCCAGCGAGCCCCCCCCUUGGUGGGCGCCGCCACCCCGUCCCCCGCCGCCCAGGUCGCCAAGCGACCGCCUCCGUCUCCGUCUGAGCCCAUCUGCCUGGACUCCCUGGACGAGGCUCCGUCCCUGGACUCCAUCUCUCAGGCCCUGGCCAUCCUCGGCAACGCGGCCAAAGGCCUGGCCCAGGGGGACAGCCCCCCGUCCCCGGACCGGCCCAAGACCGGGCCCGCCCCCGGCCCCGCCCCCUCCAGCCUCCACGGCUCGCCCCUCAUCCAGCAGCAGCAGCAGAAGAAGACCUCCGUCAGCACUCCGGGCUCCAGCACACCUCACUACAUCUCUACCUCGCUGUCUUCCUCCUCCCUGGCGCGGCCCCCGUCCAUCACGUCCUCCCCGCUGUCCUCCGUCAGGAUGGACGGGAUGGGGGUCGUCAAGGGAACGGCGCCGGCGCACAGACACUCAGUUUUGAACGCUCAGAGACCUUUGGGCGUGGGUUUGACAAAAGCCAACAUGGCUGCCUCGGUGCCCCCGCCCAAGCCCCGCCCGCCUCCCACGGCGUCGCCGCUGUUGGCUCCGGGAUCCAAGGCGGGGGUCUCCGCCCCCCCGUCCAGCCUCCUCAAAGGCAGCAGCAAUAAUAGUAGUAAUAAAGCCAACAGCGGCGACGCGCUCAUCAUCACGCCGCCCCAGCCCCGCCCACACGCCCUGUCCUCGCCCUCGCUCAUGACCGCCAAGUCCUUCCCCGCGUCCCGGCUGUCCCAGACGCCCCACAGCAAGGCGUCCCCCUCCGUGUCCCAGACGCUGUCCAGCGCCCUGAAGCCCGGCGCGCAGGCGCAGCCCCAGUCGAACUUCAUCACGCCCAUGCACGCCACGCUCACCAAGUCGUCCCACAGCAGCAUCCCGCCCAUCGUCAAGCUCACGCCGCGGACCCUCAACCCGGCCGUCACCGUGUCCACCUCCACCUCGUCCUCCGUCUCCCAGAGUCCCAGGUCUCAGGCAACCCCCACCCUCCACCAGUACACCGCCAAAAGCCCCGCCGGGUUCCGCCCGCCGCUCUCAGGUGCCCCAGGAGGAGCGACCAAGCCGGGGCAAGGCAGCUACGCUCCUCCGGGCGGCCAAAAGACCCCCAACAGCACCGCCAACACCAGCCUUAUGAACUCCUCAUCCAUCAGCAAGCAUUCAGGAUCCAGUGCCUCCCCCACGGCCGCCGCCGCCGCCGGCCAGCGCCAGAGGCCCGGGGGCGGGACUCCUCAGGGGGCCAAGCCCGUCGUGUCCGUCCCCUCGUCCGCCGUCUCCUCUCAGUUACCGCAGGUGUCCUCGGCGGGAAGCGGCGGCCUGCUGAGCUCCACCUCGCCGCUCUCCCUGGGCUUCGGGAUGCUGGGGGGCCUGGUUCCGGUGUCGCUGCCCUUCCAGUUCCCGCCGCUGCUCAACCUGCCCUCCCUGGGCUCCGGCGGCUCCGGCACGGCGGCCAGCGGCUCGGCGACCAGUAGCAACGCGCCGUUCUCCACCCUGACGCAGAAUCUGUAUAAGAGUCUCCAGUCAGGGUCUCAGGUUGCUCUGCCUCCUCACUUGCAGCUCGCUUUCUCAGAUGUCGGUCAGAGCCAAGGAGGAGACUCCAAGAGGAAGACACUAUGAUCCGGCGGGACGCCGUGGGACGGGAGUGGACGUGGCAACAACACUUCAUCUGCUCACAAUCUCAUCAACACCACAGUUAAAUCUAACUUUUCUAAAACAAUUUGAUAAUUUUUCAGUACUAUCCUUCAUAGAACUGUUAAACGAUGUUUACAACAUAGACCUCUAUCACUGUGGACGGGGAGGAGUGUAUGAGAUUUGUGUGUGCGAGAGUGUGUGUGAAGCUGUUUGAUGGGCGGGACUGUGUGCCUUUUUGUACGUCUCCCUCUGAUGCAUGGUCAGUGUCUAUUCGGUGCUGUUUUUACCUUGUAAUUAUCACUGAUACCUGUAAGAAAUGUAAACUGCAAAUUGUUGAAUUUGAGCUUUUUUUAAACGGAGAGCUGUACACCUUUUCAAUGUACUUGAAUUCUUGGGUGAAUUCGUUUCUGUAUAGAACUCAAGCCUACUUUUAAUUAAAAUCUUGAACAGGC